AAGUCGUAUCCGUCAGGCAGGAGUUGGCCUUCAGCCGCUCCAUAAGUCCUUCCGCGGGUUUAGAGUGCCAUCUGCACUCGCCCCAUAACGUCCGGUGAAGCUGUAAAGGCCAGCUACGGCCAACAGCAUUAGAGUAGUCAAGCAGCGGUCCGCAUUCACUGGCGAUACAGCGACCCGAUAGGUGCCUUCCUACUAAGUGCAAACAACCGAGCAUUUUUACUUCGCUGUCCGACCGUACGACCAGGGAUCCCAUAAUACAUAGUCCUUAAUAACUCAAUGGACAGAUCGUAUUAACCAUUUUAUUUAUCCUGUACUGAUAAGUAGACAUAAGCACGAAAUAAAUGAAAUAUAUGUUAGUACGAAAUGGUUAAUAUUAUACAGUAGUUUGAAAUGACAGUGUAUGUAAAAAUAAAUUCAAGUUAAGUGUUUGCAAAAUGAAGUUAUUCGUCCGGUAUAUUGAGUUAACAUUGAUAUGUUCUAUUGUAAGUAAUUAUGGUACUAGCGGCUACUCAGAUAUCAAUUCAAGGCCAGUUUUAUAUCUCUUGGAAACUAAAAAUCCUGAACACAUAAGCAUGAACUAUGAUUUCAUGGAAAACAUAAAUAGAAGUGACGCUUCUAUCACUAUUAAAACAUUACCGGUAAAUAAUGGCUCACUGUCAGAAACUAUAUCAGCAGUUAAUAAUUUCACCGAUGUUAUUAAUUUGAAGGUUAACCUUUACAAUAAUAAAGAAAGUACAGUUCAACCAAACUUAACAUUCCAAGAAAAUAGAAGAGUUACGACAAAUAAAACAAAUUGUGUUAUAGAUUUUACAAACACUAGUCAAGAUACGCCAUGUAAAAUAAAAGAGAUACAAUUACACGAACUGGCUGCAUUUAGCAAAUCUAUAGAUAACAAUAUCAUUGAUAUUGUUUUAAACUAUUUAAAUAUUACAGACGAUACGCCAAAAAAGGUACCGAAGAGACAUACUCCUUCAAUUUGUGUAAGAAGUGAGGCUUUCGAUAAAUCUAAUCUGGGACCAAUAAUUUCUAAAUGCAAAGCAAACGAGAUUCCAGAUAAUGUUGCUGUUGUUUUAGCUCCAUCGCCCUUAGAUUUUUAUUCGCCAGUUCCACAUAUUUUCUAUGAUAUUAAUUACCUGCUUCCUGAAUUCGAAGAAAAUUAUCCAAAUUCCGUUACCUUUUUACCAUGGCAACCAGUCGUACAUGCUCUUGUCCGAUUUCUGCAAGAAAUGGCAUGGAAACGCAUUGCAGUUAUAUCUGAUGAUUCUUAUUUUAGUGAAAUAUUUGAAAAUGAAUUAAUUUCUCGUUUUAAUGAACUUGAAUUUGUUUAUGCUGUAAAACAGUGCCUUUAUAACAUGAAUGAUGAAUAUGACCAGGCUAAAAAUAACUGCUUUGAUAAAGGUCUGUCGGAACUAAAAUAUACUAAUCAAGAAUAUAAAGUAAGAAUAAUAAUUGCGAAUGUAGAAGACUAUAAUAUAGCAAAACUAAUGGAGGCUGCAAGGAGCAAUGGUAUCACAGCACAUUGGAUAUUCAGAUGCCCUGUUCAAAAUAAGCACAGGAAGGGCUUUCCAUUCAUAGAUAUAUUCUCCAUAAAAUUAUCUGCAUUUGAUAUGAACUACGAUGAGGAGGACUAUAACUUACGUGCCCGUAUAUCUCAUGUGAAUAACACACUCAGAACAGUUGAUUGGAGUAACAAAACCAUACUAUACGAACACAUCAAAAAGUCAUUUCCAAUGCAGAUAGACGUCCGUGCUACGAUCAUGAGAGGAGACUAUAGAUUCGGUACAAUCGAUAUUUCCGGUAACAAAGUACAAAAUGUGCGAUUAAAUAAACCAUCUUUCUCAGACCUACCAAACUGCUAUGUUAGAAGUAACAAUUUCGACAGACCAUGUGAUAAUUUCUUGAUUUUUCUUCUGUUUUUAGUGUUAAUUAUGUUUCUAUUAAUAUUACUAAUUAUUAGUAUUUAUUUUAAUAAUAUACGUACCGUUAAUGGACAAUACUUGAAUAUAUUGUAAUGAUAAGCUUAGUCACUAUAUCACGGAAAAUAUAAUAUCCUCUGGAGUGGAAACGCAACUAUACAUACUUCGAUCUGUUUAUAUUUUGUUGCACUUUGUUUAUCAUUUAUUAUAUUUACACUGCCAAUGAUUAUUUUCUGCACUACCAAUGGUUGACUGGUAGAAAAUACCGCAUGGUGUUAAGCCCGCCAAAUGUACUAUAUAUUAUAAUGUGUGCGUUGAAGUUAAAUAAAUAAAUAUACUAUCAUGGAUGGCAUCGAAUCUUUUACGAUGUGCAUGCCGUUUGUAUUUAUGAUGUCAUCCUAAACAGAAGCUUUAAUAUGUACCUAAUUAAUUAAUGUAUGUAUAGUAAUUCAAUGAGUUAAUAGGUACUAUAUAUAUAGUACCUAUUAACUCAUUGAAUUUUGAAAAGAGUAAGAACGGUAUUUCCUUUCAGUUCUUCUCGAACUACAUUUCGAACCGCCGGUAGACAUGCUGGUAUAAGUGUCUGUAUUAGACCUACAUGAAUUAAACUAGUUUGAUUUGAUUUGAGUGUAGAUGAUGAAUAUCUCUUUUUACCUAUCAACUUGGAUAGCUAAUUUGCGCAUGUGCAUUAUAUAGUAGAUUAAGAGUGUAAUCGUAUAAGUGUGUUUACAAUUUAAAUUACAUAUAUAAUAAAUUAAACUAAGGUACCUAACUAAAACUAAUGUAAUAUGAAUCAGCUUGAAAAUAUCUAUUAUAAUUAAUGGUGAGCUACUGGAAUAUGUAGAAAAAUAUAUACACCUAGGAGAAAGAAAAAGUUUUGACAGAAAUAAUAACACAUUAGAAAUAUAAAGACGAAUAAAACAAACAUUGAACAAAUAGUGGAGCCUUAAAGAAAAUUUCAAGAGUAAUAUGCCAAUAGCUACUAAAACGAAAGCCAUGAAUGUAUACCAGUCUCUUACCAUAAUUGAUGUACGGAGGCCAAACAUGGAAAUUCACCGCCAUAACUACAAACAGAAUAUACGAAUACACCUGUUAAAUAUAAUAAAUAAACACAGCAGAAGAAUAUAAGUAAUAAACUAACAAAUAUAUAUAAAAAAAUAAUUGUAAUUUACUAACACUGUAACUUGGUAUAAAAGCAAGAAAUUAAGAGGCUUUUUUAUUGUAUGAAUAUAAUAAAUUAUUAUUUUGUGACUAUACAAUAUAUACCUAGAAUAUUAUUAUUAUACUAGCUGUACACGCGCCUUAGUCCGCAUGGAAUUUAACUUUAUUUUCUAAAAUAAAAGUAAGCCGAGAGUUACUUCUUAUUACAUUAGCUACCUGCCAAUGAAAGUCACGUCAAAAUCGGUCCAGUCAUUUCAGAGAUUAGCCGGAACAAACAGACAGACACAAAUAUUGAAAAAAAAUGUUAUUUUGGUGUAUGUACCGUAUUUAUAUUCACAUGCAUGUAUUAAAAAACGAUUAUUUCAAUAUUACAAACAGACACUCCAAUUUUAUUUAUAUGUAUCUAUAGAUAUGCCUAUCAUCAUGCCUGUUGAUUUACCUUACUUAUACACGGCAGAGGCAAUAUACUAAAAUCCUCUCUAUUAUUUUAUUCACAAUUGCCGUUCCGAUAUAGUUGAAACAUAUUCGCUAGUAAAGUAGAAAUAUUAUACAUAAUCAAACUAUAAUCCAUAGUAAGUGAUUUGUAUAUUCUCUGAAAAUAUGGUAAAAUGUUGUUCCAUCUACAAAAGAAAUUCUUUUUGUUAUUACGAAUAGGAUGACUAAGGUUAAAAGACAUAUGCAGAAAUAUCAUAGUUUUUGGCAAAACGGGUAAAAAAUAUUACAGUCAAUAUUUCUUCUAUUGAAAGCUAAGAAAUAACUAAAUAAUGAAGAACCUUAAUUAGAGUAGCCUGUACAAUCAGAUUUUAAUAUAUAUCAAGUCGCUUCAUGUAUGCAAAUAUUUAUACGCACAGUAACAAAUAACUCAUCUACUGAAUGUAACAUGUUGCAUCUACAAUGGGAUCCACUUUGUAUGAAUAUACAAAAUUGUCAGUGAACAACAAACUACGUACAAAUUUAAAAAGACGUAUUCCUUAACUUCCCAUAGACAUAAUAAUUUGUGUUUACGCGCUCUCUUAAUUAAAAAAUCUCAG